CCAUCAUCAACGUCACUUGACCUCUCUUGGACAGCCCUACACCUUUUCGUCUUUUCGUCUCGUGGCCCUUGGUCGACAAUCUCACUCUCACCGUCAUUCCAAGUUCUUUCCAAACGUCCACCCGACCUUUACCGACGACGAUCAGAUCCCACCACCUCAGCCGACUACACGCCACACACGUGCCACUACCCUGCACCUGCAUGGGUGUGAUCUGACAACUGUUAUCAACCCCAGUAACCUCAAAGCUGGGAUUCGGUCAAGUUCUAGUACCCUUCCAGUGUUCCUCGCCUUUCUAUUUAAGGCUUUGAAAUUGUCGAACCUCCUCGCCACCACAAAGACGCAGGCCAAGUCAUAGUCACACGAAGGAGAAAGAAGACUAGCCUAAACCCCCACCUAAAUCAACACACAUUACAGCCAUGGCCUCAUCAAGAUCCUCUCCUACCCCAUCAUCUCAGUCGCGCACCCCUUUCAGUCCUCAGAACGGUUCAGGGACGACUGGAAGCACAAGAAGCCCUAUGCGUGGACAACGACUCGCAGCUGGGUCCGCCACCCAGACAAUUACAUCCUCUGACGUUUCCUCAUCCCAUUCACCCUCACCCGACCGCCUCGUCCUCCGUCUCCGCGGUGCACACGACGCAUCUACUCGAAGCCCGCGACGUCAAAUCACAUGGGCCGAAGACGUUAUCGACAAUGAGGGUCUCGGACGCAAAUCCAGCAAGGUGUGCUGCAUAUACCACAAGACGAGGGAGUUUGGAGAGAGCUCAAGUGAGGACGACAGUUCCAGCGACUCAAGCGAUGACAGUGACGCUGGUGGAAGCGACAGCCCUGACGACGGCGGCGCCAGAAUGAGCGGCAAUAGAAGAGGAAGAAAAGCUGGCCACAAUCACGGUCAUGGACAUGGAGAUGACUGCGAUCAUGCUGGAGACUCCGGUGGCAAGGGAAAGGGAAAGAGUACUGGCAAGAGGAAGCCCAGUCCCAAUGCUUACGAAAAGAUGCCAAAAUACUCCACCAACAAGACCAGCUAAAUGGCAUGGAGCGUGGUAGGCUGGAUAGCCUAUCUGCCAGCCAAGAUUGAAGGCGCUGAUUUCAAUUUCCAGGAUGUGCCGCCAUGCCCUGGACAUUUGUCAGUCUCAUACGUCAAACACGAGCAAGGCCCACACGAAUUUGUCGUAGGGCUUGGUCACCUUUCGUCUGUUCGACCUCGGCUUCCACAACGACACUGACCCCUCUAAGACCAACGGCGGGCGGGUCUGCGACCCGAUUUCACGGUCGUUUGUUCCUCGGCUAAAAACUUUUGUUCCAUGUUCGCGAAUGGUUAUCCCCUACGUCCAGAGCGGUACUUGCGAGUCCCACCGGUUUGCAGCACCGGCUGCCCCGUUUAUCAACCCCUGAGAGACAUGUUUGCAGCAAGGGGCCAUGAUCAAAGGCUUGACACCUGUCUUGGUGGUCUCAUUUGACUUUGCAGGGAAUAGAAAAGAAGCCUCGAAAUGUAUGGAGAUCCACAUUGCAAUCCACACAUGGCAGUGGAUCUCUAUUCUCUCGCAUUAUGGGACAAUGUCUGGCAUCUACUUGGCUACAACAUUGGCGAAGGUAGUCUUGAGGACAUUAUGGGUCAAACUCGAUGAGAUCUUUUACCUUCUCAUGUGAACACGUGGGAGAUGAUGUCUCACGACGAGAAUUGGCGCGAGCAAAUUCUCCUCGUUACCCCAAAGAUACAGGCCUAGAGGACUGUGGGCGAAGUACGGAGUAUGCCCACUGUACUAUCGCUUAACGUAACCGACUAACGGCCUAGUCUACCGCACACAGGCUUCCCUACCGCAAGCUUCAGGUAGAUUUGUGGGCCUUGCUGUCGGGGGCUGUCAUUGCGAUGUACUCUGUAUGCUGGCACGCUGGUACGCUUGGCUCUUGGAUAGCUGCACUCCGCAAAGCAGAGAUUAUCUUUGCGGGUUAGACCCCAUUACUCCGGAAGAACUAGAUACAGGUACCGGGGCUAGCGAGCUCCACUCGUCCGUCUGACAGGAUGACUCUCGAGUCUGGAAUGCGUCUAUCGAGACAUCGUCCCUGAUCUAAGCGAAUCUCGUUUCGUGCCGGACGAGCCAUGAGUUCGUCCUGUACGGAGUAAGUUACGACUACUCCGUACAAGUUGCAACUCACGAGUGCGCCAGACCACGCUUCUCCAACGGGGUUCUGCAUCCCACCUUACUAUCCUGGGGUGGUAACACGAGAUGGCAACCAUCAUGUCCAAUAGCAUUGUGUCUCACGAUGGGGACGGCCCGCCCUUCAGGGGAGGACGCAAAUCAGCCUCCCAGGUAGGUAUCAAAGAACUAAAUCAUCUGAAGUCCUUUUUGGGACCUUUUCCGGUCGCAAUUGCCUCUGUAAUCAUGUACAGUAUAAGCACCUUCCAUUGCACCUUCGAACCUAGUCGCUCUUUCCAGCCAUGGGAGGUUACAGCAACAAACCUGCAGG